AUGUCUUCACAAAUUCGGAAGCGUAAAUGGGACGACGAAAUAACGAAACAAAAAUCAAUAAAAGUAGAAGCCAGCAGUGAUGCUUCUAUGUCUAAAGCUCCUUCGAUGACACAAGGUUUUGAAGUUAUUGAUUCCAACCUACCUACAGCUAAAGUUGACGUUUAUAUUGAAGACGAGGAGCAUAAACAAAUAAAACAGGAAGAUGUGGAAUUUAUUGAUAUAACAAUUAAUGAUAAUAAAAACAGACGUAUUUUAGCUGGAAGUUCAUUUCAACAAAAGAUCAAAAAAGAAACUGGUGCAGAUGUGUCGACUCGUGGAAAGUAUUAUCCUGAUAAACUUCUUGCUACUGAAGAGGAACCAUCACUUUAUUUACAUGUGACAGCAUCAACUCAAGGCGCGAUGCAUGCUGCAGCUAGGAAAAUAAAUGAAUUGAUGAGACGAUCUCUUACCCCUGAUCCCCCUGAUUCACAUCAUUCACUCGGUUAUAAUUCAGAAGGAAGGCAAUUUGCUCCAGCUCCAAGAGUUCCCGGACAACCAGUAGAAACUCAACGCCUUAGAGAGUUAAGGUCAAGGGUCAGAGAGUUAGUUGGAGUAUCGAACUUCCCUGGGGCGCAACCAAUUAGUUUCAGUUCAGAGCAUAUACGGGAAUUGCAAAAUGAAGAUUAUUAUGUUUGUGAGAAAACAGACGGAACACGUGUAUUAGCUUAUAUUACAUGUGAUAGUCCUGGAAUACCAGCUGUUUUUUUGAUCGAUCGCAAGAAUUACUAUCGCCUAAUUCCAAAUUUAUUGUUUCCUGUUCCUGAUGACCCAACAUUUUCAAAUUUUCAUAAUGAAACAAUAAUGGAUUGUGAAUUAGUAAAUGAUACUGAAAAUGAUGGAAGGAUUUCUCUAAAGCUAUUAGUUUUUGAUUUGUUAGUAAUGGAUAGAAAGAACUUCAUGAAUAAGCCUCUUAACAAAAGAUUGGGUUAUCUUCGUGAUUAUAUUAUGAACCCCUAUGAGAAAAUGUUGCGUAAACGUCCGGACCUUGCACAAAUACAACCAUUUAAUGUAGUGAAAAAAGAAAUGGAAUUUUCUUAUGGACUAGAAAAAGUUUUAAAACAAAUUAUACCGUCUUUAAAGCACAAAAGCGACGGAUUAAUUUUUACAUCAUUAACAUCAGGUUAUUCGACAGGAACUUUCGAGAAAAUGUUAAAAUGGAAACCACCCAAUGAAAAUUCCAUUGACUUUAAAUUACAUUUCGAAUUUCAAAGUUACAAUGAGAAUAAUAAACCAAGAUUUUGCCUUUAUAAAUGGAUACAAAAGGAUGAACAUACUUAUUUUGAUGAUAUGUAUGUUACUGAUGAAGAGUGGGAGCAGUUUUGGAAACGUGAUGUUCAACAAUAUGAAGGACGUGUUGUUGAAGUAGUUUACAAUCCUUCAAUGAAUCCGCCGUGGCGAUUUGUAAGGUUUCGUGAUGAUAAACCACAUGCAAAUCAUCAUACUGUUGUUGAAAAAAUAAAACAAAAAAUGGCGACUAAAACGUCUAUUACUUGUUUCCGAUUACCUUAUAAAGAAAACGAAACUGAAAAGAUAUUUUAUGUUAGAGCUAAUUGGAAAGUUGAUCCCUUCAAAGGUUUAUUAGGUAGUGAUGAUAAAGUUAUUUGUGAGUUAGCCAUAACUGACUGUAAAACUUUUUGGACGCGAAAUGAUCUAAAAGGUACCAAACCUGAUAAUAUACGCGAUGCUCAGAAAUUUUGUGAAGCUACGCAAGCAGCUUUAUCAGGACGCGAUCAAUACGAAAAUCAAAAAUUAUCGUGUCAGAUAACAAUUCAUGAAAGUAACGCCAAGUUUAUAUGGAAAUGGUUAAUGCAACAAACUGGAACAUCAGCAAUGGCCUUACAAUUCACACUUGGAAAUAUUUCAUUAUUUCCUGUUUCACAAUUUGAAACCGUAAAGAUGUGGCAAGAAUGGACGGACUUUUUUAUUGAAGAAAGAAAUCAGCUCAUAAAAAGUAAAAAUGCGUAUGAUAUACGUGUUAAUGAUUUGGAGCAAAUUAGAGAUCAAAUGCAAGAAAAGCUUGAAAUUAUGAAUGCUGAGAAGAUACAUAAUCAAGAAUUAUUAAUAGAAAAGGUGCAAUAUAGAAAUAUUCAAGAAAAUUCUGAAUACCAAGAAAAAGAAAGUGAAAAAAUUGAUGAAAAUAUUGAAUGUUCCAUUAUGUCAUCAACGUUCCAAGCAGAUUCAAAUUAUCUUUCAGAUGAAUAUUUAGAUGAAAAUGAGUUUGAAGAAGAGGAUAUUCAUGAAAGUAAACCUGGCAGGAAAGAUAUUGCCCGUGGCAAAUCUUCUUUAAAAUCGAGACCUUUUUCUAUUGAAGCCUCUUCUCCUUUUAAGAAAGCCAAAUUAGAUGAUGUGUCUGAGUCAAAGAGUACAAUUGCAAGCGACUCGACAAAUGAAGAUCAAGAAGCAAAACAAAAGCCCGAAUCUGUUUUAACCAAAACUUUUCGUGGUCAAGUGAUUAAAUCAAGAAGGAUGGGACGAAAACUUGCUACAGGAUCAAAUGAUACAUUAAACAAUAUUUUGAUUCCUUCUGAGGAGGAACCCGGACCUGAUUCCACUCAGUCUUAUAGCCCAGAGAUCGAAGAAUUGAAUGAGACUGAUACAGCAGAUGACUUAUUAGCUCACAUGUAA